AUGGACGAACUUAUCGAAACGAGAAUAACAAGCUGCGUAGCAUGCCAAGCCACAACAUCAAACAGGAAAUACGAGCCCUCUUUAUGGAUUGGAAAUCGAAAUUCCCAGAAAUCGGUUAGUGACAACGGACCACCAUUCAAAUCUUUCGAAAUCCGUAAAUACAUGAAAGAAAAAGGAAAUACGCAUCGCAGGAUCACACCAUACUGGCCUCAAGCCAAUGGUCAGGUCGAACGUUUUAUGGGAGCACUGGCAAACAGUCUCAGAAAAGCCUCCAUUGAAAACCGAGACUGGCAAAUCGCAUGCUACAACUUUCUGCUAUCUUAUCGUACUACACUUCACAGUACAACCAAUGUCGCCCCGGUGGACCUGAUGUUCAACCGUAUAAUCAAAACGACUUUAACUGACUGGACAAAUCACGUUGACAUAAAUACUGAAGAUUUAGCUACUGACCACAUCCAUAAAUCGCAACGCAUGUUUAACGAAGGUACACCAACGAGGCGGAAAAACACCUUCAAAAUCGGCGACCAGCCAUUGCCCAAAACGGCACCACUACCACAUUUCCAACAAAGAGGAGCAGAUAUCGGGGAAGAAGACGAAAACAAUGAUGAAGAACAACCAAGCGGAAGCAGUCACACAAACGAACCCACCGUCAUCCCACGCCCUCGAAAACAAUACCCUAAGAGACGCAUGAGACCAAUAGAACAAUGGAGAAAAUACUAG